AUGGCCGACUAUCAGCAGGAUCGAGCGCCACCUCCGCGGCCGAGCCAGUAUGGGCACUCGAACAACUUCCAACGGGACGCCGCAUUUUCCAACAUCUUCGGCGCCGACCCCCCGCCCGGCAGGUCCCAGACCAUGACUUCAUCCGUCGCCCCGCCGUCGAUAAUGCACGAGGGGCGGGCCCAGACAAGAACACCAGGCAUCUCGACAAUACCGAGGCAACCGCCCCCGCGUCUGCCGCCCGGGGCUGGCUAUGGAGAUAACGCACCACCGCCGCGGGCGCGACCAGCUGAACCCGCCCAGCCGAAUAACUACUACCCAAACCAGCGAUCAGCAUCCACCGGCCAGCAAAUGCCUCCCCAGUAUCUCCAACAACAACAACAGCAGCCGCAACAGCAGCAGCAGAUCCCACGGCGGCCAUACCCGUCCCCACCACAGGGCCAGCAACAGCAACAGGGCCCACCCCGGUUCGAGUCGAUGCGAAGUCCACCUCCAGGACAGCAGCCUCGGUUGGAUUCGAUGCGUGGUUCGCCGCCGGGAAUGCGAGGCUCGCCUCAGUUUGACCCAAUGCAAAGCCCGCCCACGACGCAAAACCCUCCCACCAUGCGAAGCCCUCCGUACGGACCACCGCAAGGCCAGCCACGACUGGACUCAAUGCGCGGCUCGCCGCCUCAGUUUGAUCCUGUGCGGAGUCCACCAGGGCCACAACAACAACAGCAGCAGCAGCAGCAGCAGCAGCAGCAGCAGCAACAAGGGUACGGGCAGCCUCGAUUAGAAUCGCUGCGGGGUUCACCCCCCCAAGGGUUCCAGAAUAACGCCCAGCCCGGACGGACGCCCGCACAGCGCUUCUAUCAGGGUGGUCCCGCGCCGGCCGUGAAUUCGGAUCCCUACCGAUCGCAGUCCAUGGCGAGCGCUCCCAGGCAGCCAGUGUACAGCCCUCCGCCUCAGGCAUAUCAGCAGCAAGCACCGGCCAAUGCCUUUCGUCAUGCCCAGUACGCCCAUGGUCUUCCGCAGCACUCUGCUCGCACGACCGCGCAGGGUCGGAUAGUCCCCGAUAGACAUCUUGAAGACCGCUCCAUGUCAAUGACCGGCUACCCCUCGUACGAUCGCGACCCUCACCAGACGAUGAGCGGGCGAGUGAUCCCGAAUCGCAGAAUGCCCGGAGCUAGUCCCAACGCGACGGAACAGGCAUCUGCUGGUCCCAACGUGCCUUAUCUGGCUGGCUACGUGCCCGCGCCUGGGUCCCAGACAAGGACGACUAGCAUGGCAUCCUCGACAGGGGGUGCCGACAGCGGUCGGUCUAUGUCGAUGGCUUCAACAAUAGCACCCUCGAUCGCCCCGAGUGACAGGACUGAGGUCCAGACCCUGGAGCAUCGGCCAUCCGUUGCGGGCUCGGCUACCAGUGACCGCCCACCCACUGCCAAGAUAAGACCGCCGAUGGUGUAUCCGGCUCUCCUUUCUCGCGUUGCCGACUGCUUCCGACAAAAGAUUAUUGUGGGUGAACGGACGAAGAAUGAACUCACAUACAAGAACGCUUUCAGCGGCGGCGAAGCCGUCGAUGUUCUCUCAUAUAUUAUUAGAACUACCGACAGGAACCUGGCGUUGCUUCUUGGCCGCGCCCUUGACGCCCAGAAGUUCUUCCACGAUGUCACCUACGAGCAUCGGCUGCGGGACUCGACAUACGAAAUGUACCAAUUCCGAGAAACAAUGACAGAGGAGACCGAGGAGAAACCGGCAGUCAAUGGAGUCUUCGUUCUGCUGUCCGAGUGUUACUCGCCUACCUGCACACGAGAUCAGCUCUGCUACUCGAUCGCAUGCCCCCGACGACUUGAGCAGGUGUCCAGGCUCAACCUCAAGACAGGCCCCGGACUGAAAAAGGAAGGAGACGCCACAGUCAACGACGACGACGUUGACAAAACGGAUGAGCAGAAGCUGUGGAUCAAUAGCGUGCCCAAAGAGAUUGCCGAUAGCAUUGGCGACAGGGAGAAAAAGAGGCAGGAAGUCAUUUCCGAGAUUUGCUACACGGAACGCGACUUUGUCAAGGACCUCGAGUAUCUACGCGACUUUUGGAUUUUGCCUCUGCGGGGAAAGAUUAGUACGUCGGCGAUACCUCUCCAGCGACGGGAGCGCGUCGUCCGGACCAUUUUCAGCAAUAUUAUCGACACACCGAGCAUACACGGCGUUAGCUCGCGGUUUGCCAAGGCCCUGACCGAGCGGCAACAGAAGAGCCCCGUCGUCCAGAAUGUUGGAGACAUAUUUUUGGAGUUUGUGCCUCAAUUUGAGCCCUUCAUCCUCUACGGGUCAAAACAGUUGGAAGGGAAAUUCGAGUUUGAAAACGAACGGGCUAUCAACAAGGAUUUCGCCAAAUUCGUCGACGAUGUUGAACGGCGGAGAGAGUCAAGGAAGCUGGAACUCAACGGCUAUCUCACCAAGCCCACGACCAGACUUGCUCGGUACCCCCUUCUCUUGGAUAACGUCCUCAAAUACACGGAAGCCGACAGCCCGGAUAAGCAGGACAUUCCCAAGGUAUUGACAAUGAUUCGAGACCUACUGAGCCGGGUGAACGCCGAGUCUGGCAAGGCGGAGAACCGGUUCAACCUACGACGUCUGCACGAGCAGUUACGAUUCCGCCCCAACGAUAGAGUAGACCUGAAACUCACAGACGAGGGCCGCGAGCUCGUCUUCAAGAGCCAGCUGAAGAAGUCACCCACAGAACAGGCCGACAUCACAGCCUUCCUCCUCGACCACGCAGUGCUCCUGGUGAGAGUCAAGACGGUCGGGAAGAGUGAGGAGGUGAAAGCCUACCGCAGGCCUAUCCCAUUGGAGCUUCUCUCCAUUAAAGAGAUGGAGGAGGUCAUUCCACAGUCGGGUGCCGUUAAGAGAUCUUCGUCGAGUCUGCUUCCGCUUCGCAAUUCAGGAAGCGACGCCAAGAAAGGGGAAGGCUGGCCAAUCACCUUUAGACACCUGGGCAAGAAUGGCUACGAGUUAACUCUCUAUGCCUCCAACCAGUUGGCCCGGCAAAAAUGGCUUGAGUUUAUCGAUACCGCCCAGCAACGUCUCAGGGCUCGUGCUGAUUUCUUGAGCACGACUGUACUCUCUACCAACUUCUUUUCUGGCCCUAACAAGGUUAACUGUGUUGCGCCGUUUGACGGCGGCCGAAAACUCAUCUACGGCACAGAGAACGGCAUCUACGUAUCAGAGCGCAAAGCCAAGGACAAGGACUCGGCAAGACAGCCUAGACGUGUCAUUGAGGUGCCGAACGUGACGCAAGUAGACGUUCUCGAGGAGUACCAGCUCCUUUUAGUGCUCUCCAGCAGGUCUCUCUAUUCCUACCAGCUGAGUGCAUUGGAUCCCAAUGACCCGCUCUCGGCCAAACGCGGAAAGAAGAUCCAAAGCCACUGCAACUUUUUCAAGACGGGCAUCUGCCUUGGCCGGCAUUUGGUAUGCUGCGUAAAGAGUUCGGCCCUUUCGACGACGAUCAAGGUCUACGAGCCGAACGACGCAAUGUCCAGGACUAAGAAGCAAAAGGGCCUGAGCAAAAUGUUUAAUGCAGGCCAAGACGAGCUGAAACCGUUCAAGGAGUUUUACAUCCCGACCGAGUCCACCUCGGUGCACUUUUUAAAGUCCAAGCUGUGCGUUGCAUGCGCCCGGGGCUUCGAGGUGGUCAGCCUCGAGACUUUGGAGACGCAGUCACUCCUGGACCAGGCCGACACGUCGCUUGACUUUGUAGCAAGAAAGGAAGGUGUCAAGCCGAUCCACAUUGAAAGACUGAACGGCGAGUUCCUGCUGAAUUAUAGCGAGUUCUCCUUCUUUGUCAAUAGGAAUGGCUGGCGGGCGCGGCCCGAAUGGCGCCUGGAUUGGGAAGGCAGUCCGCAGGCCUUCGCGCUUAGCUACCCGUGGAUCUUGGCGUUUGAGCCCAACUUUAUCGAGUUGCGAAACAUCGACAAUCUCUCGGUGCACAUUGUGCCUCACAAGAACAUUCGGCUGCUCCACAGCAGUACGCACGAGAUAAUAUUUGCGUAUGAUGACGAACGAGGCGAGGAUGUCAUUGAGGCUCUCGAUUUCUGGAAGAGUCAACGGAAGUCCGAUAUUUACCACAUCGCCGCCAAUUCACCGCCAAGAGCAGAUGUGUACCACGGAACUGCCAGUACCCCUUCGUCAGCCUCGCUGGCUCGCCAUAAGCUCGUUGACUAG